AGCAGUGAGCAAUCCCAGUAUACUUCUCCCUCACCGCCCACCGACCUAAUCCCCUCCUCCACUUUCCCCACCGCGAAGCCAUGUCGGAGCACCCCGCGUCCCGCAGCUCCGUAGGAAGCCGCAGCUCCGCGCUGCCCCCUCACCAGCAGCGCCUUACGCCUGCGCCCGACCCGCUCGCCUCCGUCUGGAUCCGCCGCCUCCACCUCUCCCCCAACCCGCCGCCGCCGCCGCGGCCCCCACCCCUGCACAUCCGCGCGCCGCCGCCUGCACAUCAGGAUGCCAUCUCCACCGACGAGUCCCACACGACGCCUCCGCCGCCGCCGCUCACGCUGCGCGGCACCGGGUUCGGCCCCUUCCGCUGGAGCCCGCGCCCGUUGCUGGGGGCGCCGGCCGGCGCAUGGGACGCCGCCGCCGCCGCUUCCGUUGGGGUGGCUCCUGGCGGUAGUGCCGUCGGCGGCGACCAAACGAUGCUGUCGCCGUUCUUCCGUCUCCCAGCGCCGCUGCCGUCAGUCGUGGAUUUUGAGGAGGCCAUGCCUUUGAGGCCGUUGAUCGGGCUCGGAAGCCACAGCGGCAGUGGUGGGUUUCCUGGACUGUCACGACAGAUGGUCGGCGGCGGCGACCCCUGUGACGGCUGGCUGUCGUCCAGAGUUGCAGGUGCUGCAUAUCCUGGCCAUGCUUUGGACAUGGUUCCCACAAGAACCCUUAAUGAUCUGCGUGACAGACAGCAUGGCGCAAUACCAGCACAACCAAAUCUCGCAAGGCAUGAUCCUAGCUCUAGCAGCCAACGUGAUGAACCUUUCUCAUACUGGAACAUGGGGAGGUUCCGAAGAAAUACUGCAACUUCGUCGGUCACACCUUUGGGUGCCGCUCCUGCCAAUUUCGGCACGAAGAGGAACGCUGACUCGAACGAUUUCCUCCCUCUGAAGCUCAGGAAACUAAGCGGGGCUAUUUAGUGGCUGAUUUAUGAAAAAUAUCUGGCCGACCGUUUUUUGAUAUGCAUAAGAAGCACAAGUAUGCUGUUACCUGAAACAGCAUGCAGUAAUACUUAACCACGUUAGGGCUUCAGAAGGCUGGAGAUGGACGCAUUUGGUGGUGGCAACCAUUGUAAAUUGUACGUUUGCUCCCAAAUCGUUGCAUUUGGCAUCCUCUGACCCACUGGCCUGCAUGUUUGUAUAUUUUUUGUGUGAUAUACGGGGAGAUGUCUUGUGCCACGUUUCCUCCGUGGCGUGUACAUUCAAACAAAUUGGCAUCAAACAUGUAGUAAUUUUCGUUCUAUGGAAUUGUACGUUUUCUGUUUGCCCCC